GGUUGAUGUACCCUCGUCUAUUUUGCCUCGAGUGCUGGUCCGUGGACCAGGAUAGAUAAGAGUAGCACAGUCAGCCCUUCAUCCAUAAAGGCCCCGGCGCAACCAUUGUAAUCUACAGUAGGGUUUCCGGUUCCUCCCUGGUGCUCCCGUAUAUUACUGGUACUGAUCCAGCCUUUAUAUUCUCUGUUCAUUUCCUCUCCAUACGCCCUGUUUGUGAGACAGCUCUUCCCUCCGCCUGCCUCUCCAAGACCCCCCUUGAUAUCCUUACCACUUGGGCGGUUUCCCAGCAAACUCCGUAGCCAUGUCGCACUCAUGGAUCGGCGCUCCCGCCGAAUUCAAUGGGACCGAUGCCGUUACUGGUGGUGAUUCUGUCACCGAGAAUCUCAACCAAUGGUACCAGCCGGGUGAUCAGGCCUAUAUCCUCGUGGCUUCGGCUAUGGUGUUGAUCAUGGUUCCUGGUCUAGCUUUCCUCUACUCCGGUCUUGCUCGCAGAAAGUCCGCCCUCUCCCUCAUCUGGGCGUGCAUGUUCUCCGCCUCCGUCAUCACCUUCCAAUGGUACUUUUGGGGAUACUCGCUCGCGUUCGGCCCCUCCACAAAUGGCUUCAUCGGCAACCUCGACAAGUUUGGUCUCAAGGGCGUACUCGGUGCCCCUAGCCAGGGUAGUCCUCUGAUUCCCGAGUUGCUGUACUCUUUCUACCAGCUACAAUUCUGCGCUGUCACUGCUGCUAUUAUUGUCGGUUGCGUGGCUGAGCGCGGUCGCUUGAUCCCCAUGAUGGUCUUCAUCUGGCUUUGGGCCACGAUCGUAUACUGCCCCGUCGCUUACUGGGCCUGGAACGCAAACGGCUGGUUCUUCAAAUGGGGUGGCCUGGACUAUGCUGGUGGUGGUCCUGUCGAGAUCGUGUCUGGAUGUACCGCCUUGGCAUACUCCAUGAUUCUCGGACGCCGCCAGGAAAAAAUGAUGCUCAACUUCCGCCCCCACAACGUCUCUUUGAUCACUCUCGGAACCGUAUUCCUAUGGUUUGGUUGGUUGGGCUUCAACGGCGGCUCUGCUUUCGGUGCCAACCUCCGCGCUGUCAUGGCCUGCUGGAACAGCAACCUUACUGCUAUGUUUGCUGCCAUGACCUGGGUUAUUCUUGAUUGGCGUCUUGCUCGCAAGUGGUCCAUGGUUGGCUGGUGCUCAGGUACCAUUUCUGGACUUGUCGCUGCUACUCCCGCCUCUGGUUUCAUCCCUCCAUGGGCCAGCGUUGUCCUCGGUAUUACCACCGGCAUUGUCGCUAACUUUGCCACAAAGAUCAAGUUCUGGAUCAAGAUCGACGAUUCUCUCGAUGUGUUCGCUGAGCACGGCGUCGCUGGCAUGUGGGGACUGUUCUUCAACGGCAUUUUUGGUGCCAACUACAUCAUUGGUCUUGACGGCGUCAACAACGGACUGACCGCUGGUGCCAUUACUGGCGACGCGCCCGCUGUCUACAAGCAGAUUGCUUAUAUUGUCGCUUGUACCGCUUACUCCUUCGUCGUCAGCGCUAUCCUCGCUUUUGUCAUCGACAAGAUUCCUGGUCUGAAGCUUCGCGCGUCCGAAGAGGCCGAGCUUCUUGGUAUGGAUGACGACCAACUUGGCGAGUUCGCCUACGACUACGUCGAGGUCCGCCGUGACUACCUUGCGUGGACCCCUGCCAAGGGUGAUCCCCUCGAUGGUGAGCACUCGGUGCCUCAAGGAGAACGCCACGGUAUUCCCCAGCACAGCCAGAUGCUCGAGGGCAAGGCGCCCUCAGAGAAUUCCAGCCAUGACCACGACCAUACUGGCAUUGGUGGUGACAGGCAUGCUGUUGCCAUGGGCCCCGAGCACAACAACGAAAAGCAGGUCAAGACCUAAGCUUUUGUAUUUGUAUUGAUCUGGAUUUUGUUGCUUUCGACUUUGUAAAGUCAAAUUGUUUCGAGAUACCACCUGUGCUCUGGUCUUUGCGCUGAGCUUUUUGUUUUAUUUUUCUAGAUGUUUGAACUGGUCUUUUUCUUUUACAAAUGUAGUGUACAUAAUUCAAGAACGAGCUCAUUAUUGAAUUUCCAAAUCGGCCCUUUGCCCCUGCCUUUGUCAGACUUUCG